AUGUCCCUGGGGAUCUCUGCAUUAUGGAGGGCUCGACCUCAGCGACAGCUCGGCCUUCUGAUUCCCAGGGAGUCUCCUCUCGUCUUGCGGUUGCCCUUCAACCACCCCUCCAUCACGAGCUCUUUCUUUUCGACUCGCGCGCGUCUCAGCUUUCCCGAAACAGCCACAGACACAGGCUCUGGCGAUCAAGGACGAGAAGCGGGUGACGAGCAGCGGGACGAUGCGAACGAAUCUCGCGAGCCUCCCCUGGUUCGGCGGGUAGAAGUUGUUGGUCGAAGCGACGAGGCCAAAGAGUUGAGGACCUGGCUCUCCGAGGCGCCCAAGAGAGAGAGAAAGCGUGUCAAGCGCCCGAAAAGCGAUCUCGAUGACCUCGAGGAAUCCCUGGAACGCAGCAAGCUCGCCCGCUCUGUCUUCGUCAAGCCCGCCCGAAAUUAUCCGAACAAGAGAGAAUCGCGCCAGAGCUUAAGGGCACACCACAAGAGCGUUUCGACUCAGGUUCACCUCGACCGAAAUGUCCAGAAUCUUUUGAAGGAAGGAAUCUAUAUAAAUCCCCACUCCACCGACUGGCGCAACGUUUUGUCAUUGCUGGUGUCCAGAACACCCGAGGAGUCGGUCCAAUGGAUUGAGGACGGUAUGAAGAUUGAGCUAAUCGAACAGAAGCUCGCUGUGAUCAUGAGCAAUGGUGGCGAUGAGAAAAUAGGAGCUAUCAGAAGGCGGACGGGAGCUUCUAUCAAAGUUUCCAGGGCCGAAACUCCGAGCGAAACCUCGACCCUCUUGAUCUCUGGCACUCGGGCUGCCAUCAACAGUGCAACUGCCGAGUUUAGGAGGAUAGCAGGCAGGAUCACAAUCACCCGUCUAUGGGCACCACUGGCUCCUGGCGAGGUCGAAACUGAGUCUUUCAGCGACAACGACUUCUUCGUCCCACCUUUGACUAGGGAAGAAGGCGGCCUUUGGCAUCGGUUCAAAGUCGAUUACAACGUGUACACUACAUCGUGGCCCACACAUAUGUCACACGCCUCGUUUGAGCAAUACGUAGCCUCUCUUACGGACUCCGUCAUGCUUCCGCACCUCAACUCUGUUCUCUACAAUCCAACCAAGCAUGCGGUUAUGCUCGACCACGAGCGAGCCGUUGCGCGGCGACUCCAACGGGCUUUCAGGAAUUACGAAGCUCGGCCGUGGGUCUCGUGCUCGGCGCUCAAGGUCGCGCUGUCCUUUCUCUGCCGAAGGGGCGACAAGUAUUUGCCAGAAGUACGGAGCAUCUUUGUCAGUAUGGACCGCUUCGGUCUACGGAUGGAUGCAGACGUCUUCAACACGAUGUUGAGAGCCCCGACUAAAACACGCCACCUGCGGAAGUUCCGACAGACCGUACUUCUCAUGACUAGGAGAGGCUUCUCGCCGAAUCUCGACACAUGGCUCCUCUUCCUCCGGAUGGUUGAGUCUGUCGAAGUCAAGAGCUACAUCCUCCAAGAAAUGAAUUCGAAGAACCUUUUGGGAACGCCCAUUGCCAUCCAACGUGUCGCCGAAGAGAUGGCUCCCUUCGACGCCGAGCAUGCGAUGACCCAGGGCAAAGACCUGGCGACUUUCGUGCAGGAGCAGAAUGAUCGGUAUGGGCCCGACUGGCUCACACGCGACGCAGCCAACCCAGUCCUGGACGUCCUCUGCCGUCACGGACGGUUCCGCGAUGCUUUUGAGGUGCUGGACCGCAUGCACGCUCAUCUGGAGUCAAUACCCAUGGAAUUCCAAGCCGAUCGGAUCGCACACGAACCGGACGUCAUCAGCUUUAUCACCAUCAUCUCGCACGCCAAGACGCAGGGAAAGAUGAUCGUGGCUAUCAACGCCGUCCGCAAGAUGAGAACGGGCGCAUUUAGGACCCAUGUGGAUCGAGUCAUCUUCGGUCUCCUCUUCGAGUUGGCGUGGAAGUCGCGCCUCCGCUCAACCAUCUCCAUCAUCUGGAAGUACGCAUCCUUGGUCCGCCUCACCACUUGGCGUAUGCGCCAGCGCGUUGCCUUGCUGCUCAGCGGCAAGCCUAAGCAAGUCGGGGACUUCGGUAUUUCUGAGUCCACACACACCCAGCUAGGAGGCGAGAGGCUAGCGCGGGACCUCGUCGGCGGCGAGGAGGCCCUCGCUAAAAUCAGGUCUCUCGCCGAGGGCCGCGACCGUGCGGAGCUUGGCGUCCUUGCCGCAAAAGCCUGGCCAGAGGCGUUUAAUGACUUUGGGCCGAUGGUCUCGUUUGGCCAUGUCUUAACACAGGCGUUCCUGAGGGAUCGCUCUUGUCUCUCGAUAAGGAAAAGGAGGUGCUCCUCCCCAACCGAAGAUGUGAGAAAGUUCCAGCUCAACGCGAUGCCGCUGCGGAAAAGACUGAAGGAAGAGCUCGGGCAUGGUGACCUUGCCCCGGUCGAGGACGAAGUGUCUGGGCCUAUUUGGCCCGACGACAAAUGGGAACUCGAUGGGAUGCUGGGGCAUGGCAAGAAGAAGCUGACGGCGCUGCAUGUGCCGUCGUAUUGUAGCGAAAAACAAUCACCAGCGGACGGCCAAGACGACGGCUCCGAAAGGCCGCAUACAUAUCAUCGAGCCCCGAGGACGUCGGCGCAACGUACGAGUAUUGCCAUCCUGGAUCCCCAGGUCUGGGCCGAUGCCUGGGGCGGGGACCAGGGGCCCGAGGCUGACGCGACGCCCAGGCACGACCUGCAGAGGAGCAACGAGGAUGACAUCCUCGCUGCGCUGGGGAAGCUGGAGGAGAAUUACCUCAGCUUCCGCAAGGUGGUUUCCGUGGCCGAGGAUGGUGGCUUCGAUGGCUGGGCUUCCGACGGUGGGUGGAGCGGGGACUCUGAGAGCGAUUGGAGGCAGGUCAUGGCCCGUAAACCCGCAUGGGAAAGGGAUGCAAAAGUUGAAAACGAUAGAAUUGGUUCCAAAAGCGUCGGUGACGGGCCUGAUUAUAUGGAUAUGGCCGACAGACUCAAGGAGACGACUGAGGAGGAAUAG